AUGUCGCAAAGCCAGGAGUUUGGAUCCUCUCAGUUAAAUCUAUUCGACUCUGAGCCAGACGACUUGUCUUUUACUACGUCUUCCAUUUGCCCAGCUACCCCGUCUACCUCUCGGCAGGUUGACAGCGUCUUGUCUCGGCAGGUUGACAACUUUCCCCGCCGUCUGUUCCUUCGUCUGUCGCCCCCAGAUCCUCUUGAACGCUUCCAACGUGUCGGUCCUGGCAGAGGCCAGUAUUUCCUUUACGACACGAUGCUCCACAACGAUUGGAGCAAGAUCAACUGGGACUCGCAGCAUAGCCGGGCGAAGAUCUGGAAGGAAUUUGACCAAGUCGCGCACUCUGUUCAUGGUACCGCAAAGGUCAUGUGUAAGAACUGCUCUACAAUUCUUGAGCACCCUUACGCUACUAGGAAGGAGAGGGCCGGACAAGGUGAGAGCUCGAGGAAGGAUAGUCGUCAUGGUACGACAACGAUGAUUCGCCAUGUCAAUACUUCUUCCUGUCAAAGGGCUGCAAGUGGACGCCGGCAAAGAGAUAGAAUGAUGAGGUUUCUUCAAACGGGCGAUACGACCAAAGCACCUUUCUCGCAAGAGGCAUGGGAUAAUGAAAUCCUACGAUUCAUCACAAUCAACCGGCUUCCGUUUAAUCUCGUCGAGAAUCCAACCUUCCGUCGCCUUAUUUCGAGAGCCCAAUCCGCCCCAAGCCCUUCGAACAUUCCUUCCGCUGAUACAGUUCGACGUCGGCUAUCUGCUCGUGUCAAAGAUCGACAACAAGAUACACUCAGGAUGCUUCCAGAGCAUGCGAAGAUGUCGGUUGCAUUAGACUGUUGGACAUCUCCAUUUGGACACGCAUUUAUGGCUAUCACUGGCCAUUUCAUCGACGCCGACUGGGUCUACCGCGAGGUGCUGCUCGGCUUCAAACCCCUUCAUGGGACGCAUUCGGGUACAAACCUAAGUUCUGUGCUUAUGAAGACGCUCACUGAGUACGGUAUUAAGCACCGAGUCUUUGGAUUGACCACUGAUAACGCAUCAAAUAACAAGACUCUGAUUGAUACUCUUCAACAGUCUUUGCCUAAUGAUAUCAAUAUUAUCCGAAUCCCCUGUCUUGCCCAUGUGAUUCAAUUGAGUUUGAACCAACUGCUUGAUCGUUUAAAAGCAGUCCCACUGAAUGAUGCCACUGAGAUAUGGACAGACAGUCAAUUCACCCUUGUAAAGGUAAACGCAACAUCUAAGAAGCAAGAUAUCUCACAUACCUUGAAAAAGGUACGGUAUCUUGCUCUUUAUAUCCGCGGGAGCUCUCAGCGUCGGGACUCCUUCAUUGCUAUCCAACCCCCAGGGCAAGGGCUUAUGCCGAUCCAGGAUGUCAGAACUCGAUGGAAUUCAACGUUUCUGAUGCUACGCCGGGCAAAGAGACUCCGCGUCUUCAUCAUGAAGUACUGUGAUCAGUUUAAUUGCAAAGACUUCGCACUUGAUGAUGAUCAAUGGCGCCAAAUUGACUACCUUCUAUAUCUCACUAAGCCGUUCUUUGAUUUUACCCUUGCCCUUUCAAAGAGCCGAGAGGUGACAUCGCAUCUUGUCUUUCUGAUCUACAAUCGGCUAUUUGAGCAUCUUGAGAAAUCAAUAACACAGCUACGGCGAAAGAGGGUCCUUUGGAAACAGCAGAUGCUCAGCUCUCUCGAAGCUAGCCAUGCUAAAUUACGUGACUACUACAAAGAGACUGAUAAAAUGCGCGGGCAUAUCUAUGCGGUUUGUACGAUGCUAUCGCCAGAUAGUAGAUUCCAGUUCUUUCUUUCUGAUGACUGGGCGGAUGCUAAAGAACUCCGUGAUCAGUAUCGAGUGGCCUUCCGAGAUGCCCUCACUCCAAUCCAGGAACGUCUUACUAGAGCCCAAGGCCCACAAGGGCCUUCCUCUGGAUCGGCACCAAGAUCACUGCUUCGUAAGCUGGCUCGAAAUGUAAUUGAAAGGAGACAAAAAAUUGAAAUUUCAAGAUUUCGUAAUGAGUUGGCCAGUUUGGUUAUUACACCAUCACUAAUUCCAUCGGUUUCUAUGAAGGAUGACGGUACCAUAACAAUGACUCAUUUUCUGUUACCAGUGAAUACGAUAUAG